UUCCGCUAUUGGCUGCUGCCGCCGCUGCUCCUUCCGCGGCCGCUGCUGUUGCUGCUUCUACUCUCGGGCUGGGCGGAGAACGAUGAGCGUCGAGAGGCGGCGGCGGCGGCGGAGGAGGAAGAGCUUCGGGGGCUUGGGAGCGGGGGCCCCGUCGCGCUGCUGAGGGAGGGAGCCCCGGGAAAGGCCCGCGAUGAGUUCGCUGUCCGCAGGUAACCCUUCGCUGGCUGCAGCUGCCAUGGAUGAACUAGCUGAAGAUGACAUUUAUAUUUUGAACCAUGAAAAAGCAGACACUCAUCCUAAGCAAGAUGGAGAAAUUCCUACUCCCGUGUAUUCAGGCGAAGAGUCUGUUGCUUCACAUUUUGCACUUGUCACUGCUUAUGAAGAUAUCAAAAAACGACUGAAAGAGACAGAAAGGGAGAACUCCCUCUUAAAGAAAAGAGUAAGAGUGUUAGAAGAAAAGGUUCUUGGCUCCCAUUUGGAAGAAAGCGCAAGCUCCGUUGGCCGCGAGCAGGUUAACAAAGCCUACCAAGCCUAUCGAGAGGCUUGUAUCGAACGGGAUAAUCUGAAAAGUAAACUGGAUAAAAUGAUGAAAGAGAACACCGAAUCCCUGAAACAUUUGAAUGAGCAGUUGCAGUCCAAAGAAGUGGAGCUCCUGCAGCUCAGAACUGAAGUGGAAACUCAACAAGUGAUGAAGAGUCUGAACUCUACCCCAUCUAGCUGGGAAAUAGAAAAGCUGAAUAAUGCCCUAAAAGUGCACAGCUUGGAGCAGGAUUUGGAGAAGCUGAGGGACGAAUGCAAUGAUCUUAGAAAAGAACUACAAAAAUCUGUUCAGAAGGUUGUAUCCCAGGAAGGAAUUUUAACAAAUGGAGAGUGUAUCCAACAGCAGAUAAGCAUUCAUAGUGAAAACGUUCAGCAAGCGUACUGGGAGUUGAAGCGGGAGAUGUCUAAUCUGCAUCUGGUGACGGAAGUGCAAGCGGAAAUGCUCAGGAAACUGAAACUGAUCCCAUCUGCAACCAAGAAAGUGCCAUCACAUGCUCCUGUUCAGUGUAUUGAAGACCUUGAAAGGGACACCACAGAUCUUUAUUUAGCUGCUUCUGGAGCUGUGUACAAAAAGAGGCUACUUCCGCCGAGUGACCACACUUUCAGCAAUGUUGUGUCUUCCCCCUCGUGUACUGACGAGAGACUUGUCCCAGUUCAUGACUCUCCGUUUCAGGAACCUAAUUCGUACGGAAAGAGCUCUCUGGAAGAUAAUUCUUGGGUCUUCCCAAGCCCUCCAAAACCUAGUGAGACUGUGUUUUGGGAAACGAAAAACAGAGCGUCUCACUUAAACUUUCCAGAAAACAGUUUGGAUCACUGUAACCAAAACUGCCUGCACAAGAGCUAAGAACUGUGGAACUUGAUUUAGCUCUGAAUGGGCUCCCAUACACCUAAGAGGAAAAUAGCUAAUGGGAAGGAGGGUGAAAGUGUGGUAAUCCAAGCAGGAUUUUACUCUUCCCUUGUCUAAUUUUGAAAGCAGGCCAUGUACAUCAAUAGAAAUGGCGUAUGGUGUAAGGCCUAGAAUACACGAGUCAGUCUUUGGAUUGCACUCCUGCAAAUUACUAGAAUAUUAAGCCUCCGAGUAAAACAAAAGCUGUACAUUGCAGCUAAUUGUGUGAAUGUUGCGUAAAAUACAGUAUCUUCAGACAUUUCUACAAGCUUCGAGAAUGUCCUUCCCCCUCUCCUUUUUUGACACUGUCUCUUCCUCCAGGCCUCUCAGGUAAACAAUGGAAUGUGAUGUAGGUUUUACCUCCAGUUCUGAAACAGUGUCGGGUUUUUGUUCCCUACUCUGUGGCAUGCGCAGAGAAGAACAGGUAAAUGAUUGAAGUGAUUGUGACUAAAACAAUAAGCCAAAUGAGUAGAUUUGCUGUCUCAGCUGUGUGUCAUCUUUAGCCUUACAGUGAAGAAUCUGAGGUAGUAGAAAUGGAGUAAAAAACUUAAUGGCAAAUACUUCCUUCAUAAAUAGUGGUGUUCUGGUAUGAUCCUAGCCAAAAUGCAGUGACCAUUCGGGUGCCUAUCUGCCAGUUACCAAAAACUUUGCUUUAUGACUCCUAAGCUCACUGACUGCUUUGAUGUAGAAACCUCCAGGCGCCUUAAGCAGGAAGAACUGUAAUAUGAUAAACGCAUUUAAUCUAUGAUAAAAUUUAUGUCCUAUAUUCAUAAGGUGCAUUGAAAUGUCAGAAACAUUAUGUACAUACUCUCAAUAUUCUAACUAUUGGCAGUCAGAUAAUUCUUAAGCUCCUGGUCCCUACCCUAUAUUACUGAUUAGCUGAAAUUAAGAUUUUGUAGCAAAACCUAUUAAUCAAUAUUGAUUUGUUUUCAAGCAGAGAAUAGUGGAUGGUUUCAGAGCCUGUUAAUGUCCGGGUUUCCAGCAAUACUUUUUCCUGCUUGGCCUUGUGAGAUGAAGUGGAGUAAGAUUCUCUCAUGUUGGAAAGGGCUGGUGAGGGCUGAUAACAGUGAGAGAUCAGCUCCGAGCUUCCCUAGUUCUGUGCCAGAAUCUCAUCUGAUCAUUUCAACAGUUACAAAUGAAUGCAUUAUGCCACCCUCCUCCUUCCUUCCCAACUUGGACUUGAAACACGACUGGGGAAAAGUAAAAUCUGCACUGGACCUAAGAGAUCAGGGGUGAGCAACUGCAAGCCUUGGCCCAAUUCCAAAAGCCCUCUGCUGAUGCUCAUAUCAUCUGGUAGAAUAAUGUCCCUUCCUGGUAACUUGCUGAGUGGAGAGAAAAAGUGUAGCCACACCCAGUAUUGACUCUGGCCCUGCCUGCUUUUGGCAUGUGGCCCCUGACAGAUACCCCAAAGGAGACAGAAAAUGUUCUUCACCCCACUUAAGAUGCAUGUUCUUAAAUAAUAAAAAUCACUUGCCUGGGUGCUGUGUGCCAGAGCAGUGCAAGCAUAUCAGUGAUUUUCUGUAAAAGGAAUCAUGGCUAAGUCUUCCCUUCCUUGCAUUGCAGUUUAAAUAUUUAUUCUUUGUCUCAUACUGGAGAGAGUUUUAUCUGUGGAAGAGGGAGAAAGGAUGACUUCUACUGUGUUAGUGAAUGGCAUACAUAAAUAAGGUACAUACCAUUCACCCGAUACUCGCUCACAUAACCUGGCUUGUCUGUGAUUAAUGGAAAUGGUGUCAGAUGCUGGAAUUUAUUCUGACCAAUGAACAUAGCUGACUCAAGGGAGUACAAUCUCCUGAAGAGUAAUAGAACAGAAUCCAAUAUGCAUAAAAUAAAUCCAAGUCACUAGACUUUAGCUGAUAGAACCAACUACCUGUGUAAUAACAAAGCAGCAAAAGCCAUUUCUCAUGUGGCUGCAGAGCUCUGAUGCGUUUCUCAAGGCUGCUUCUUGGGGUUACAGGGACUUGAAUAAGUAUCACUGUCCAGCACACUGACACAGUUAAUGUUUUAAACAAUGUACUGGAGAAACGGUCGUAUUUUUAAAUAAAUUAUUUUUCUUUGAAAAUGGC